AUUUUUUUUGGAAUGUUCCUUUUCAUUUGCUUGGUAACCGAUCACACCCAACGUGUAGCCUCUCUCAAUCUCCUAUUCUCCAUGCGAAUCCGUUCCUCAUUCUUAGCUAUCUUCCUCCUUCCGUCUUCUCCUUCUCAUUCUCUUCCUUCUCAUUAUCUUACCUUUCUCUCGAUUCUCCUCUCUCUCCGGUCUCCGCUAUGUCUCAUGCUAAAUCCCGAGAAGACGCAAAUGGUGAAUGUCGUGAUUCGAAAUCUAGGGUUACCAUCGUUGGAAGUGGAAGUUGGGGGAGCGUCGCUGCUAAGCUCGUCGCUUCUAAUGCCCUCAAGCUUCCUUCGUUUCAUGAUGAAGUGAGGAUGUGGGUGUUUGAGGAAGUCCUACCAAAUGGUGAGAAGCUCACUGAUGUCAUCAACAAGACCAAUGAAAAUGCUAAUUACCUUCCCGGGAUUAAGCUAGGAAGAAAUGUUGUUGCGGAUCCUGACCUUGAAAAUGCAGUGAAGGAAGCAAACAUGUUGGUUUUCGUUACACCGCAUCAGUUCAUGGAUGGUAUAUGCAAGAAACUAAAGGGAAAAAUAAAAGGAGAGGUUGAGGCUAUAUCCCUUGUCAAAGGAAUGGAAGUGAAGAAGGAAGGUCCCUGUAUGAUCUCAAAUCUCAUCUCCAAAGAACUCGGUAUCAACUGUUCUGUUCUUAUGGGCGCAAACAUCGCAAACGAGAUUGCUGUGGAGAAGUUUAGUGAAGCAACGGUGGGAUAUAGAGAGAGUAGAGAAAUAGCUGACACUUGGGUUCAGUUGUUUAGUACUCCCUAUUUUAUGGUCACACCGGUACGUGAUGUUGAAGGAGUAGAGCUGUGUGGGACAUUGAAGAAUGUAGUGGCUAUUGCAGCAGGUUUCGUUGAUGGUUUGGAAAUGGGUAAUAACACAAAGGCUGCAAUCAUGAGGAUUGGUCUAAGAGAGAUGAAAGCACUCUCCAAGCUUUUGUUUCCAUCUGUUAAAGACAGUACUUUCUUUGAAAGUUGCGGUGUAGCAGAUGUCAUAACAACUUGCUUAGGAGGAAGAAACCGAAGAGUUGCAGAAGCAUUUGCCCAAAGCGGAGGAAAAAGGUCUUUUGAUGAGCUUGAAGAAGAGAUGCUAGAAGGGCAAAAGCUACAGGGUGUUUCCACGGCAAGAGAAGUGUAUGAGGCUCUGAACCAUCGUGGAUGGAUGGAGAUGUUUCCGCUGUUUUCAACGGUUCACCAAAUCUGCAUAGGUCGUCUUAAACCUGAUGCCAUUGUUAAUUACCGAAAUUUUGGUCCAAAUCCAAAGCUUUAAUGGCUUGAUCGAACACAGUCGUAUUUUCAAUGUUGUAAUCAGAAGUACUGGAUUUGUUAACUAAUUUUGAAGAUUCACGAACGCGAUUCACAUGACUGUUAGUUAAUUAAUAUGGUAAUUUGUAUUUUACUAUUUUAAGUUUUUUAUAAUCAAACCAUACCCAUUUAUUUUAAAUUAUUAUUAAAAUUUUCAAACUAAACUGAUCGUACUAAUCAAAUUUAAUCUAAAUUAUUUAAGUUACCAGAACUUUACAAAACCAAAAGAAAAAAAAAACUGAAUAGUUUUGUUUAAUUCAAUACCCAUAAUAAAAUCGAAAAACGGAAUUAGCCAAAGUGGAAUAAUUUUUGUUUGGUUUAACGCGAUAAAAAAAGUAGUAUCCAAACUAAACGAAAUUUGAAAUAAACUUAAACAGAAUCAAUCUAUAUAUAAUAGCAAACCUAAUUUGUGUUAACGGAUGAUGUCAUCAUUUUUUUAUAGGAAAAAAAAAAGAAGAUUUAACGUUCCAGAUUGAUUUUAAAAUCAAUCCAGGGGUUCUGAUUUUCUAGGUGAUGUCAUCAUAAAAAAAUAGAAUUUAAUCCAACGGUUGAAAUUAGCAAACCUUUUAAUCGAAGGGUUGAGAUUAGACGUCCCUUUUAUUUUGACUAAGACGACGCUACCGAAGCUUCGUGUCUGUAGUGAAGCAUUGCGUCCAUUACUGGAAUUGUGACCUUUGGUUCACAUCUCUUCCUCUGUUUAUAUUUGAUAAUCAGUUUACUAUUCCUCUUUUUCUCACUUUUCUUUUUACUCAUGAUUUCUGAUUCGAUUUUCUGACAAACCAAAUUUUAUCUCCCGAUCAUCCACCAUUCAUGACCAGUGAGUUGCCAUUAACAUCCUCGAUCAUUGAAGCUUCCUUUAUGAAGUGGUCAAGAGGGAGAGGAAACUCCGAGUUGGUGUUGAUGAGAAUGUGGAACGUGUGGAUGGGUUUGGAAGUGAAGAUUAACGAGUUCUUGAUGAACUUCAAGAACCUGCUAAAGGCGAAGAAUUGGUGAUUAAAACUGUGGAAGCUGAUGAGUUCCUGGUUGCUGUCUCGCCGGAGGAUGUGGUAGCAAAGGAGAUGGUAGUUCGUGAAGAAGACGGACCGAGAGGGUCCGCAGAAGAAAGAAGUGGAGAAACCGGUGAUGAACGACAUGAGUUAUUGUUCGAACGGUGGAAGAUGAACAUACUUGUUCUGUAAAAACUUGGAAACAUGAGUAAAGAGGAGGCAAUGGAGCAAUAUCUUGCACUUGUUUCAGAGGAGAUCCCUGGUUUGAUUAAUAUUGGUCAUACUGUGAUUUGUUAGAUAUUGAGGUUUAAAAUUUCAUCUGGAAGUCUUUAAUGGCUUUUGAGAUCUGACAAACUGACUUAUUUACUCUUCUCUCUCUACAAUUAGGGAAGAUGCCAGAAACGGGUUCACUAGAAGAUAUGACCACCUUAGACACAACUGGUGUUGCAUCCAGCAAAAAUAGUAAAACUAAUUAGUAAAUGACAUCUUUGUUUCGGCUGUUUCUUGUAUCUUUCAUUCUAAUAUUCAAUUAUCUUUUCCUUUUUCUAACUGCAGGGUAACUCGUAGAAGAGACAAUAAGAAGAGAAUUCUUUUAACGAGAGUGUUUUCCAAAAUUGCAUUAUGAUUUACAGAUCUAUGGCCAUUCAAUAUUUUGUAGGACUAUUUUAAUCUUCAGGAUGUAAGCACUUAUCAGCUACUAGAAUGAAACUUCAAUUUUUAUUGUUA